AGGACAACAAAAAAAUGACACAACUCUCUAGCUCGUCUGUUAGCAGCAGCAGUGUGGGGGUAUCCAAACUAAGUGCAGUGAGAAUUAACUAACACCUUGACAAAUAACAACAUAUUCUGUACAGUACAGGUUAAACAGGGAGUGUGUGUUUUUCAGUCACUACAUGGAGUUAAAAACUGACCGACAGCGAUUGACUGAACAGUAAGCAACGCGACGUCUGGCUACAAGUAGCCCUACAGGAUCGCAUGUGGGUCGCCAGAUAAGCUACAGGAAAUUAUCUUUCAGUUUGAUGCUGCAGCUGUGAUCUCGCAACUAACACCUGUUUUCCGGACAGUCAAGACUGCUGAUCUCUUUCAGGAAUAAUCAGAAGAGUAUGGUGGUGCUUUCUGCUUGAGCAGAAGAACGAACUGUUAGAAAAAAUGAGCACAAAAUAUGAAUCAACAAACGUGUCUGAGGUGGAGGAACACAUUUCUCUGAAGUAUGAAAUCAAGAAGAGACUUGGAAAAGGGGCUUAUGGCAUUGUAUGGAAAGCAGUUGACAGACAGACAGGCGAGAUCGUGGCUGUGAAGAAGAUCUUUGACGCAUUCAGGAACAGGACAGAUGCCCAGCGGACAUUCAGGGAAAUCAUGUUCCUCCAGGAGUUUGGAGAUCAUCCCAACAUCGUCAGACUUCUAAAUGUCGUCAGAGCGCAAAACGAUAAAGACAUUUACCUCAUCUUUGAAUAUAUGGAUACUGACCUGCAUGCAGUGAUAAAGAAAGGCACCCUACUGAAGGACAUCCACAAACGUUAUGUGAUGUACCAGCUUCUCAAAGCCAUCAAAUACCUGCAUUCAGGAAAUGUUAUCCACAGGGACCAAAAGCCAUCUAAUGUGCUGUUGGACACUGACUGUGUAGUCAAGCUGUGUGAUUUCGGCUUGGCCAGAUCACUCAACCAGAUCCAAGAGGACAGUGGGAAUCCAGCACUGACGGAGUACGUGGCGACGCGGUGGUACCGAGCUCCCGAGAUCCUGCUGGGAUCCACAAGGUACACUAAAGGUGUGGAUAUGUGGAGUCUUGGCUGUAUCCUGGGAGAGAUGCUGCUGGGAAAAGCUCUGUUCCCCGGGACAUCCACCAUCAACCAAAUAGAGAAGAUCAUGAGUACCAUACCACACCCAAGCCCAGAAGAUAUUCUCGCAAUCAAGUCUGAAUAUGGAUCCUCUGUCAUUCAGAGAAUGUUACUGAAACCACAGGUGCCUUUGGAGGAUCUUCUCCAGACAUCUGUGUCUCCUGAUGCUCUGGACCUGUUGAGAGGUUUGCUAGUUUUCAACCCAGACAAGCGGUUGACAGCUGAGCAAGCCCUCCAACACCCAUAUGUAGCCAGGUUUCAUAGUCCAGCCAAGGAGCCAGCUCUUAACUAUGAUGUAGUGCUGCCAGUGGAUGAUGAUGUACAAUUGUCUGUGGUUCAGUACCGCAACAAACUUUAUGAGAUGAUGCUGGAAAGGAGAACUAAUCAGGGGAUGCUAAGGCUGAUCCAGCCAAAGGGUGGAGGCUGUGUCAGUAGCGGAGAGAAGCCCAGUUUGAAGGAUAAAGUAGAAAAGGGCCCAGUGGCAGCGAAUGGCAAUGGGGAUGGUGACCAUGAGGGGAAAACACAACAUGAAAAGACUAAUGAGACAAACCAUGUGCCUUCACCUAAAGAUGUUACCAAACCUGGGCCUGUGAAUGCGUCAACCGCGCCUGCUGUGGAGAGUCCAUUAGCUAGCCCUGGCUUGGGAAAACUCACAUAUAACCCCAUCACACAUGCCCCAAAUGGUUUUGUUCGGAGUCCAACUGGUCCUCCUCAUUACUACCACUCCACUGCAGCCAACAGGAGACUAGUGGAACAGACCAGUAAUGGAAAUGCAACGACAUCAACAACAGAGGGCACCAACGCUAAUGUAUCCAUGGACCAGAUUCUCCAGCGUGGUCACUCAGCCCCUGUGACUCAUAAUCGUUCCUUCUCCUUGACCCUAAACCAAACCCAGAACAACCCGUUGGUUCGUAAGGAUGAGCCACCCCUGUCCUCUGGGCUAUGCGUCACAUCUGCACGCCUGAACCAGCGUUCAAAUUCUCAGGUUCGUGAGGCUCAGCCACCGCCACGGUUUAGCAAGAAAGUAUUUCAGAGUAACUGUAAUGUGGCAGCUGCAGGUGACCCUCGAGCCAAACUGGGCAGCUAUUCCCAGGCCUAUGGUACCAUAAACAAGACUGACCUGGACAAUCUGCUUCGAAGCCGCCCUUACAACCAGUAACUGCUGUCAUGUCAGUGGUUACAUAGGGGCACGUGUGUUUGAACACACAACAAAGUUUGCCUUGUACUAGGAUGUUAGUCACGUGGCAAUAUAAGAGAACUUGUAAAAAGAAACUGUAAAGACUGUUAGGUCAAAUACCUCUUGUAUACUGUGUAGAUUGUACCCAUUGUCUGCGACAAUUAAUACAUAUUUGUAAAAUCCAGUGUGACUUCAUAAUACAUUUAUCAAAUUGUACCAGCAUUUCAUGAAAAUAUGUACAUGUGUGUAUUUUCUUCACAAAGUUUCACUCAGCAUUUCUCACAAGGCUGGAUAACCAACCGGCAAAGAGGGCAAUUGCCCUUUGGCCCCAGACCUUCAGGGGCCCUAAAGGUUAAUGUGUGUCAAUAGGUUUGUGGUCAUUUGCUAAUUUUUUGGGGAAUAUGCACCAUUUUCGCUCAUUAUCAGCGGAAAUGUUGACUUGUCUAUCUGUAGAGAGACCAUGUGUCGACAUUCACAUGCUAAAUAUUCUUAAAUACAUUUGUGUUUUAACUAAGUAUCACGGGGUCAGGAGGUGCCCACAAAUACUUUUUGCCCCGGCCUUUUACAGGGUUAAACCAGCCAGGAUCUUUCAUGUUGAUCUAUGUAGCUAAUGAUCUGUAUGCCUAAUGGUUUAUGUACAUUACGCCAGCUGAUUUGAGAUGGACACAGAAUAACUGUAAAAUAUGCAAAUAGUUGUCUGAAUUGAUUAUAUGCAACAAGGAAUUACUUUGUGAAUACGUGUUGUGAAUACAGCAGCAAUAAGCUUCC